GCCACGGUCACUCGGCCGUUUGGAGCUGCGGGGCGCACGGGGUUGAGAGAGCCGGCUCUAGGGUUCGGGCUGGGGCCUGAAGAAACGUUUUCUGGGGCGCACCGGACCCGGGAGUGAGGGAGGACAAGAAACGCCCCCAACUUGAUGUUUUGACUCUGCUAUCUGGACUCGCAAGGCUUGGACCCACCCUAAAGCCUGUGGCCCUGAAGACGUGGGCUUUCGGAUAGCCCAUGUGGCAGGCGCUGCACCCCCACACCUAUCCAGGAAAAAUAAGGACUUCUGGCGUGGUUGUUGCCAAUCUGACCGUUCUCUACAAGGCGGGGCUGGGAAAGAAGCAGAGGGAGCUUGGAGAAGCGUCCUGAGUUGCCAUGGAAACAAAGCCCGGCGGCAGAGGUCGCCCUGGCCUAAAGGAGUCCGUUGAAAUUUGCCCUCAGGGAUUACUGGUGUUCACGGGAUCUUCAGAACAGGACUCCAACUUGGCCAAGCAGUUCUGGGUGGCCGCGUCGAUGUAUCCCACCAACGAAUCAAAGUUGGUGCUGUCCAGAGGUAGCAGUCAGCGUCUGCCGGUGGCCAGGGCCUCCAGGGGCGGUGCAACUGAGAGUCCAGACAUCACUGCUGAAACCCUAAAGACUCAGCAAUCUGAGGACAAAGAAAAGUAUCUCCAAAAGAAUACAUAUGACAGAACUGAGAAUGGAUUGGAAGUGGCCAGAGCGGAAGUGGACGAACCAGAGUGGAAGCCAUUGCUAUCAUCCAGCUGGGAGGUGAUGGCUAAAAGGAGAGAUGAGAUUCUCCAACUCUUAAGAAAACAAAGAGAAGAAAGGAUCUCGAAAGAGCUGGUUUCCCUUCCUUACAAGCCAAAGGCCAAAGGACACAAAGCAAAGAAAGUGAUACCAGAGUCAGACAAGGAAGACCAACAGGAGGUCAAAGCCUUGGACUAACUUGAUGGACAAAUGGGAGAGGAUGGCUCACGUAGAUCUGUACUUUUGAAACAACCUUCUCUUAAGUCAGGAUCAUUCAGAUCACCUUGCUAAUAUAGACAAAGAAAUAAAAGUUAAAUGUGCAGGCUUCUAGGGAUGUUACCAGUUA